UUGUACGUGCACACGUUCAAGUUCGAUAGAGAGUGCAGGGGUGCAGGGGCCGGUCUAAAAACCGGAAGUGACAUCAACAACGGCGGAACUGUCGCCCUCUUCUGGCCUUGAAUGAGUUGGCUACGAAGUGUGUGGAAGUGCGUGUGUGAAGGGGGCCUUCAUGCUCCCUCUCACCUCCUCGCCACCCAUGAAGGGCAGACGCACACUCUUUCUCACACUCACACACACACAGACGCGCGCACACACACACACACACGACACCCGGUUUGUGUAACGUGGGUCGGAAGCAAGGGCAGGGGAGCCUGCUGCUGUGGAGGAAAGACUGGGGAACUCAGAUCUGUCUGAUUGCAGCUGAAGUGUGGAUAAGAUGAGACAGACCGGCCGUCUCUCUCUCCCUCUCUCUCCUUCUUCACAUGCUGGAUUCCCAUACAUCCAACAGGGUCGAUCUGAUGAGAUUUAGUCACUAAGGUUUUCCAGUUCUUUCCUCUGCCACCUGCACCCUGGUAUCGCUGUUUCUUGCACAAAGGCACCAUGGGAAACAUAGUCCAGUGCUGUCACACACUGUCAAAAUACUUUAAGAGCAAGGAUGCUCCAGCCCGGGGUGAGGCAGAAAGAUCCCCCCUGCUGUCCAGCGAAGAGAGUGAAUGUGAGUCACCCGGCAUGGCGGACGACUCGGAGGACGAUCUGUCGACCGUCUCCCCCGGCGCGAAAAACACCGCCCUGGAACAAGAGCACUUCCUGUUUCCUGACAUCAUUCUAAGCAGCAACCCGGGAGGGGAUCUGACUCUGGUGGAGCCGAUGGUGUGUCUGUUGGUGUCUGAGGAGGAAGAGGGAGAGAGGGUGGAUGAGCCAAGAGAUGAAGGACAAGAGUGGACCAACAGGUGGAGGAACAAGGGGUUUUCGGAGGUUCAGACACAGACCGAAGUGGAGACACGGAUUGGAAUGGGGGUGCAGACUCAGACAGAGUCACAGGCCGAAGUCCAGCCCCAGACUGUGGAUAGAGAAGUAGACACUCUAAGAUCUCCUGGAACUUUGAAAGAGGUGGUUGUGGGAGAACAUGGAAUAUUGAGACAGGUGGAGGUCCUCCUGGAGGAACAAGACAAAAGGACCCAUUGUGGAGCCUGGGCUGAUGUGGAAAACCAACUGGCCUUCAGAGAUAUAGCCAAGGAAGCUGAACAAAAACAGCUGAGCAGCAUCAUCAGCACUAAAAUUGUGGAGAGCUCAGACCCCACUGAAUGCCACUUGGACCUCACUCCACACAGCUGUUUGGGUAAUGAACAGUCGGGACAGCCGACUGCGGUGACCGACCGCAGUGUCAAUCAAAAGUUCUGUGAAGUUGCCCCCGCCAAAAGAAACACAAAGCCGCCCGGGGACCCAGAAGAUCAGUCAGACGUCACCGCAGUGCCCCUCCAGUGCCACGACGCAGUGAAGAGAGGCGAGGAAGACGAGGAGGAGGAGACAAAGCGGACCCUGUAUUUAGUCGACAGGCUGUUCCAGGCAGCACCAGAUGUUCAAGUGGCUCUGUGUCAAACUGAAGAAAGCUCCGAGGAUGAUCGGAUUCCGUGUGAAGGCGAUGAAACCAAACUCAGCAUCAGCGACGUCGUCGCUCUCCAAGAGGCAGACUUUACUCUCCGGAUUCAACCUCCCGGGAAAGAAAGUUUUGAGCUACAGGUGUCAGGCCAGAUGUUGGUGGCCGAGCUGCACCAGGUGCUGAUGGAUCACGAGAUCAGCUGCCAUUGCACGUGCUUCUCCCUCCAGCUGGGAGGCGUCGCACUCGACGGCCUCGCCGAGCUGCGCUCCGUUCGGGGCAUGCAGGACGCAGCGCUGAUCAAAGUGGUGGAGGAUUCUUACACAGUGCGAGAUGCUCGUCUUCAUCUCAGACACGUUCGUGACCUUCUGAGGAGCCUCAACCCAGCCGAUGCAUACAACGGAGUGAACUGCAGCUCCCUCUCUUACCUGACCUUUUACACCAGAGGAGACAACGACUGUAGGAACAUUGGGAAUAGGCAAGCUUCUGAAAAGGAGUCUGCGGGCCUCAGCCCUCCAGAAUACAUCCUCCCGGGAUGUAAGGACCGACCACUGACUCCGCUGCAGCCACUCAGAGACGACUGGAAGCCUUUGCAGUGCCUGCGGGUUCUGACCAUGAGUAGCUGGAACCCUCCUCCAGGAAACAGGAAGAUGCAUGGGGACUUAAUGUACCUCAAUGUCCUGACUAUGGAGGACAAGGAACUCAACAUUACAUCCUCUACACGUGGCUUCUACCUCAACCAGUCAACUACCUUCAACUUCAACCCUAAACCUGCACUUCCCAAAAUCCUUUGCCACUCUCUAGUUGAGCUGCUGAGUCAAGUCAGCCCUUCCUUCAGGAAAACCUUCAGCGCCCUGCAGAAAAAGAGAGUCCAGCAACACCCUUAUGAGCGGAUCGCAGCCCCUUUUCAGGUGUUCACCUGGAUCGCCCGUCAUGGAGACCACACCCUUGACUGUGUCAGAGCGGAGGAGACGCACACCAGUCGCAUGGGCCAGGACGAGCACACAGCUGGGCAGAGUCGGGACUGGAAUGAGGAGCUACAGGGAUGCAGGGAACUCGCCAGGAACUCCCUCCAGGAGCGCCUGCACAGAGAGAAGAGCAUAUUCAGGACAAACCGUGACUUUGUUGCCGCUGCAACGCAAGGUGCUGUAGCUGUGAUCGACGGUAACGUCAUGCCGUUAAACCCCGGGGAGGCGCCUCAUAUGCAGAUGUUCAUUUGGAACAACCUGUUCUUCAGCCUUGGAUUUGACAUAUCUGAGCACUACAGCCCACUAGGGGGCAACACUGCGGCUCACGCUGCUGCCAUUUGUGACUUGAGGGGAGCACAAGCUUACGCAUCUGUAGACGUAGAAGGUCUUUACACGCUUGGGACGGCCGUGGUCGAUUAUCGGGGCGUCCGUGUAAUUGCUCAGACCAUCGUUCCUGGGAUACUGGAGAAAAAUCAAGAACAGAGUGUUGUCUACGGCUCCAAUGACUACGGGAAAAACGUGUUUACUCAUCGCAGGUUUCUGGAGCUUCUGGAUAAGACAAGUAAGCCGCUAAGAAUCCAAAGUCACCAGGUGCUCGACCACAACAACAUCCCAGUGGAGCUUUGCUCUGGCAUCGAGACCAAAGGCAUCCUGGGUAAUGACGGAAGACCUUACAUCUUGGACCUCCUCCGGACCUUCCCCCCUGACCCUAACUUCCAGUUCCCAGAGCCAGAGGAGAGGAGGGAGGUGCCGAAGGAGUGCCAGAUCUCUGGUUACCCACGGCAACACCGUCACAGCCUGGCCAGCCUCAGACCAGAGUUGAUCGAGGCCUUUGUCCAGCACAGGUAUAAAGAUUAUGUCAAGAUGGUGUCCAUCCAAACAGAAGUAGGAGCCAUGGAGCAGAGCGAAGACCUAUUCAAAUUUCAGAGAAGAAAUUUGAUUAUGAAAGCUUGCAAGACUGUUGGCUCAGUGAGUGACUCCUGCUUUGACAUCCGCUUCAACCCUGAUGUUUGCUCUCCAGGUGUUCGGUUCCCCUCUGAGUGUGUUGAGGAGGUUCAGAGGCAGAGGCGGUUGUUAUGGGACAUUGCUGCUUUUCUCCUGUCCAAUCAGAUCCCAGCUGUGCUGAGCGACUGUCUCAACUACUCUGCAGUGCCGAUGGAUGGAGGGACGCUGACCUCAGCGCUACAUAAGCAGGGUGUGAACGUGAGAUACCUGGGCACCAUACUAAGGGAGCUGGACAAGGUGGAAGAUAUCCGGAGACUCGACCACAUCCAGAGAAUUUCCAUCAGCGAAGUCAUCAUCAGAAGUGCAAAACACAUCUUCAGGACGUAUCUACAGAAUGUGGAACCUGCAGCUUUCUCUGCUGCUGUCAGUCACUUCUUAAACUGCCUCCUGAGCUCCUCUUCCUGCGCCACCGACUCCUCCUCGGAUGAGCUGCUCUCUCGCCGCAGGAGCCGACGGCGCCGGAGCAACGGGAGUCGAGUCGCCUCGUUGACGGACAGUGUGUGGGCCAGACUGACCCCCAGUGAGCUGUGGGGCCGGAUCAGGACCGAGGCUGGAGAUUAUUACCACUACACGAUAGACAGUGAAAGUAUAGACGAAGUGAUACAAAAGCACAGCCUUCAGAGGAUCUCACUACUGAGAGAGAUUGCCAUCAAGACAGGAAUCCAGGUGCAGCUGAGGGAGUACGUGUUCGACUCUCGUCACAGGCCGGUGUUUGCUAAAGAAGACGUUGUCAACAUGUUCCCUGUGGUCAAACAUCUCAAAGCCACAGCAACAGACGCGACCCGGCUUGUGCAACAAGCACAGGUGGCAGUACAGCAGGGUCUUCUCAAAGAUGGCCAUGGAUUGAUCAGCCAGGCCCUGACUCUGUUCAGCAGCGUAUGCGGUGUCCUGCACGAGGACGUGUGCAUGUGCUUUCGUCUCCUGGGACGGAUCUGCUACAUCAGGGGGGAGUAUGCGGAUGCUCUCAGCCACCAGGAAAAGGCUGUCAUGAGUAGUGAGAGGACACAAGGUAUAGACCACCCACAGACCGUACAAGACUAUACUUACCUGGCCCUGUACUGCUUCGCUGGUGGACGGCCUUCGACCUCUCUUCAGCUGCUGUACCGCGCUCGGUACCUCACCCUGCUUGUAACGGGAGAAGACCAUCCACAAGUCGCCUUGCUGGAUAGUAUGUUGGGUCUAGUGCUUCAUGGCCUGCUGGAGCAUGAGCUUUCCCUGAAGUUCCUACAGAAUGCCCUAAUGUCAACUGCAAAAUACCACGGUGUCACAUCCCUGAAACAUGCACAAAGUCAUCAUCUGCUUGCCACCGUGUAUGAGAGCAAAGGAGAGUUUCGAUUGGCUUUGCAACACGAGGAAGAGGCCUUCUCGAUAUAUAAGUGCCAGGUUGGGGUGAACCAUGACAGUGCGAAGGAAAGCUCAAAGUACCUGAAGAGCCUCACCCAUCAGUCUGUGGUCCUUCAGAAAGCCUUCAACCACAUUAACAGUAACACACCUGCCUGCAUUUCACCUCAAAAGAUUCCCACAAUCCUUCAGCAGCUCAACCAGGCCUGUGGAAUUAUUGUCAUUACCCUCAGUGCAAAAGAACGUUCAGACCUAAGGAGUGAAGUGAAAGGAAUGGAAAAAGUUCAAUGGGAGAGCUGGAUAAAGAUUUAAGAACUGCAGACAACAACCCUGGAACUAUGGACCAAAGAAGUGGUCACAAUAGAGCAUCUGUGUAUCAAUCAAACUCCUCAAUAUGGCCUCCUGAACAACAAAUCCAAGCCAUGAACAGAUGAAGUAGGCAUUGUUCUGAUGUUGUCUGUGGAGGAAAGAAGAGCCUUAAGUCACAGCUCUUAAAAUAUGUGCCAUCCAUGUAUUGAUAACAUAUGUCAACCAUUUUCCUUUUAUCAAAUAAAUGUAUAAACUCUCCUCACUAAAUCGAAUUAUCCUGCUAGAUGAAUGGAAUGGUAGGUGAGGCCAUGUACUCAUAUUUCUUAGAUUUGCACUCACCUUGCAGUACCCUGUGUGUCCACUGGGCUUCACAAUUGUGCCAUGGACAUUUCUCACAUGAUAUCCUAAGAUUCAACUCAAUUGUUUGUGUUUAGUGUUGAGUUAUAGUUUAAUCCAUGUUGUUUUUAUUGAUAACCGGAGGACUGUAGAGAAAUAAACAUCUGAGUAUCUUA